AUGUACAAUAAAUCUGCCCUUCGUCUCCUAGCGGGCUGCACGCGCAGACUCCCUGUGGUGUCUAGACAAUGGGCUCAUCGAAGCAUCAGAGCCCAGUUCUCCACCACCGCAAUUCGUGCAGCAGAGAUCCCGUUCUCAAAACUCUCCUCUGAGGAACAAGAAAUACUUACAGAAGAAAGAGCGGCCGACAAUGUUGAUGUGUGCAUAGUUGGUGGAGGACCUGCUGGACUAGCGACUGCAAUUAAACUCAAACAGCUAGAUGCUGAACAGGGCAGCGGUGAGUUGCGUGUUGUCGUGUUGGAGAAGGCUGCUGACUUUGGUUCCCAUAUUGUGAGUGGUGCCGUGCUUGAACCCAAAGCAUGGCGUGAAUUGUUCCCUGAUCUGGAGCUUCUUGCUGAGAAUCCAAAUGGCAUCCCUUUGCCAGAAGAGAUGGUGACCGCUGUUACAUCGGAUAAGAUGAGAUUCCUCACCGAGAAAUCUUCUAUCUUCUUGCCUGAACCUCCUCAAUUAAAGAACAAGGGUAAGAACUAUAUUGUCUCUUUGAAUCAGGUGACCCAAUACUUAUCUGAGCAGGCUGCGGACUUGGGUGUAGAAACUUAUCCAGGUAUCUCUGUGAGCGAGCUCAUCUACAAUGCUGAUGGCGCUGUGAAGGGUGUCGCCACAAAUGAUGUAGGUGUUGGACGCAAUGGUGCACCCAAGCCGUCUUUCGAGCGUGGUAUGGAGUUCCAUGCGAGACUCACGGUUCUCGCUGAGGGCUGUCACGGUUCACUUUCGAAGAAGGCCAUUGCCAACUUCGACUUGCGUGCAAACUCGGCUCCUCAAACAUAUGGUUUGGGUAUCAAAGAAGUCUGGCGUGUCGCUCCUGAAAAAUUCAACAAAGGAGCUGUAUCUCACUCUAUGGGAUACCCCCUCUCUCUGGACGUUUAUGGUGGUGGUUUCAUGUACCAUUUCGGAGAUGGCCUUGUCGCCGUUGGUCUUGUUGUCGGCCUUGACUACGCUAACCCCUAUGUUUCACCAUACCAAGAGUUCCAGAAAAUGAAGACUCACCCAUUUUACGCAGAGACUUUAGAAGGCGGUGAAUGUUUAUCCUACGCAGCUCGUGCCCUCAAUGAGGGUGGUUUCCAGUCAAUCCCUAAGCUUCAUUUCCCUGGUGGAUUGCUUGUGGGAUGCUCGGCCGGGUUCAUGAAUGUGCCUAAAAUUAAGGGUACUCAUACUGCUGUCAAAUCCGGUAUUGUUGCCGCAGAGUCUAUCUUCGAAGCCAUCAAGGAGCUCGAUGUUGUCGAUGAGGAAACUGACUUAGAAAGCGCCGAAGCCAUCGACUUAGCAGCCUACGAGGAAAAUUUCAAGAAUUCUUGGGCCUAUGAGGAGUUAUCAGCUGUCAGAAAUGUGCGUCCUUCUUUCAAUGUUUUGCCUGGUCCUCUUGGACUCUUGACUGGUCUUGCCCACUCGGGACUUACUACAAUGAUUACCAAUGGUGCCGAACCAUGGACACUCACGCAUCACCAUACUGAUGCGGCUGCAACAAAAGAUGCCUCGCAAUUCAAACCUAUUGAAUACCCAAAGCCAGAUGGAAAACUUUCCUUCGACAUUUUGACCUCCGUUUCCCGUACUGGCACCUAUCAUCAAGAAGAUGAGCCAUGCCAUUUGAGAAUUCCAGAUCAGGAUCACGAAAAACAUGCUCAGAUCUCAUAUCCAAAAUACAAGGGUAUCGAGCAAAAGUUUUGCCCUGCCGGAGUUUACGAGUACGUCGAAGAUGAGUCUUCGCCACUUGGUGUUAAGUUCAACAUCAACAGUCAAAAUUGUAUCCACUGCAAAACUUGUGACAUCAAGGUUCCUACCCAAGACAUCGACUGGACUGUACCCGAAGGAGGAGACGGUCCAAAGUACUACUUGUCCUAG